AUGGCGCCGACCCAGACUCACGGGCUCAAUGUGAUCGCCCUGAUCUCUGGUGGCAAAGACAGCUUCUUCUCGCUGCUGCACUGCCGGGCCAAUGGACACCAGAUCGUCGCCCUUGCCAACCUGCAUCCGGAAACAUUAGAGAAGCUCGGGCCGUGUGAUGGCACGUCACAUCUUCCCGAUGGAACCAGGUCCGCCACUAGGCCCGCGGCUAGUACCGCCGCCGUGUUGUCGGACCCAGCUUUGGCUCUAGACUCCGUUCCCAGCGGUGAUAAUGAUGGGCCACCGCCGCGCCGAGGCAUCGGCAAGGAUGACCACGAGCCGGCCUCUCUGCCGGGUCCCCAAGGUGGGGUGCCUGGAAAUGAAAUGCUACCCGAAGCAGAUGAGGAUGACCGCGACCAGGACCUCAACAGCUUCAUGUACCAGACUGUGGGCCACGAGGUGAUCCCCCUCUAUGCCGAGGCCACAGGCAUCCCGCUGUACCGCCGGGUAAUCACCGGCAGCGCGACACAGCACGGAAAGGACUAUUCGCAUCACCGAGAUUUUGUCGAGGGCGGCUCCGGUGGCAAGGCGGAGGAACCUGCCUCGUUUGGGUCGGGCCGUGGGCGGGAAGCCGAAGUCGAUGAGACCGAAUCGAUGGUCCCGCUGCUCGAGGCGAUCAAGCGAGCGCACCCCGAGGCGAACGCCAUCUGCGCCGGUGCCAUUCUGAGCACAUACCAACGUACCCGUGUGGAAUCGGUAGCUACCCGCCUGGGCUUGACGCCCCUGGCUUACCUCUGGAAGUUCCCCGUGCUCCCGACCCCGGGCGUCCCGGACCCGAUCACCGGGUCGGAUGCUCAGCUCCUAGAUGAUAUGGCCGCGGCGUGCGUAGAGGCUCGCAUCAUCAAAGUGGCCAGUGGAGGGCUGGACGACUCGUUUUUGUGGACCAAUGUUGCCAGUGCCGUGGGCAAGGGACGGGUGGCCCGAGCUAUGCGGCGGUUUGGAGCAGCUGAGACUGGUGCUGUGAUCGGAGAAGGGGGCGAGUUUGAGACGCUUGUGUUAGACGGGCCGGCGAGUCUUUUUAAGAAGAGGAUUGUGGUGGCCGAGAAGGAUAGGAGGCCCAUAAAGGAGGGAGGGGGGAGUGUCUGGUUGAGUCUAAGGAAUGCAAGGUUGGAGGAGAAGGAGGAUGGGGAUAGCGAAGGAGGGGCCAGGGGUGUUAGGAUACCUGAGUUGCUUGAUGCGAAGUUUGCUGAGGUGAUGGAGUUACUGUCUUUAGGCACCGAUGUUUCCCAACCGGCUUGGGUCACGGAGGUUGAGCAGAGACCUCGACUGGGGAAGUUGAAAACACCUGCUGCUGGAAGACUACAGCAGUGGUCUUUUAUCAGCAGUGAGCCAACAAGUGUUGAGGAAGCAACAACGUCCAUCGUUGAGCAGAUUCGCCAACGACUACGCCGGAAAUCCCUGCCAACCUCAGCCAUCUUAACCGCCACCGUCGUUCUCCGUCGCAUGGCCGACUUCCCGACCAUCAACAGCAUCUAUGGCACACUAUUUGACGAGCCCAACCCUCCAUCUCGGGUCACGAUCUCGUGCGGCGACACAGCCGACACCAACAUCGCGGUACACCUGACCGUCCACACCGCUCUCGAGCCCGGCCAACGACAGGGCUUACACGUCCAGUCCCGGUCGUACUGGGCGCCUGCCAAUAUUGGGCCAUACAGCCAGGCCAUCUCAGUCCCAGUGGCCAGUCUCGGUUCGGGACGUUCUAAUGUCGCUUUCUCGUCUUCCUCUUCAGGUGUGAAACUGGUCAGCAUCGCUGGGCAGAUCCCUCUGAUCCCGUCCAGUAUGGCGCUUCCAUCUGCCACGCCUGAGAAGAAAGGGGAAGAGGACACUCUCCCGCUACAACUGUCCCUCUCUCUGCAACAUCUUUGGCGCAUCGGCACCGAGCUAGGUGUACAAUGGUGGACGAGCGCCGUGGCGUAUUUUCCGUCGACUUCUCCUAGUGUAGCUCACGGCACAAAGGGAGAAGACCAGAUGGCAGUCCAAGCUCGACUGGCUGGCAGAGCAUGGAGCGCAGCGUAUGCGUCAAAAGACAGCCGGGAUGAAGACGAAGACGAAGAAGAUGAAUCUGGCCCAGAUCUGUGGGACAAAAAGUACAACCCACAGUACAUGACAUUUGCCAGCGGCUCCGAGGAGAAGACACAGCACAGUUUACCAGACAGGUCUGUCCUCGCAGGCUUUGCAAAGCCCUCAGCCGAGCCCACCCCGUCAAGAACAUUACCAGUGCCGCCCGUAUUUGCGGCCGAAGUGGACGAGCUCCCGCGUAGCGCGGGCGUGGAGUGGCAUGCCCAUUUGGGAAUUGCAGGCGCAGUUGAGGGGAGUGUGGCAGUUUUAGAGGACAUUCCCGUCAGUCACGAAGGCGGGGAAGGGGAUGAGCCCGCAGUGAAAGUGUGGCAUGUCAUCGUGGAGUCGACGCGGGAAGAAGGGGAUGGCGCGGAACCAGUAGUAGUGAGGUUCGUGCAGACUAUUGUGGCGGAAACACUCGGUCUUCACAGUCACUCAAACGCCGGGGACAUAAAACCAGUCAACCAUGGCGAAAUUGCCAAGAAGGCGCUGGCCCGGCUGGGGGAAGUGGGUGAUGAUGCUGAGCCGGCUUUGGUGGUGAGGUAUGUGGAUGCUACGAGGGGGUUGGAGACGGGGGGUGUGGGACCUGUGCUGCCUGUGGUGCCGUGCCGGUCGCUGUGGGAUGGUGAGGGCAGGAGGUUGGCGGCUGUGUCGGUGUAUCAGAGUGUGUUUGAGUGA